AAUUGUAACGUCCUCUUAAAAAGCGUGGUGUUUGAACAUCACUUCACUCGCUUGGAAUCAACCGACGUUGCAGUACGUAGUGUUCAACAGUCGUAAGAUAUCCCUGAAGAUGUUAUCCCUGGUUGGCGUUUUGUGUCUGGCGACAGUGCUGCUUGCUCACCCAAGUGAGAGAGAAAAGCGAGCUGCAGGCUGUGAGUUUCAGGGCCAGAAUUAUGACGACGGCCAAGUAUUUACCAUAGCAUUAAGCGGCCCAUGCAUCAAAUACACGUGCAAUGCUGGUAGCACCGCACCCUCGACGAUUGAGUGUAAGGCUGACGAUGGAUCGUGUGUUCCAUUUGGUACCAAGAAGACCAGCAUGUGUCGAGUCAGCGAAUGUGGACAAAAUGCCGCAGGAAGUAUUGGCUUCCAUCCAGUUGAAGGUUCAAAUUAUGAAUGUCAAGAUAAGGAUGGCAAAUGUGGCUACCAUGACGGGGACAAGGUGACUCGUAUGAUCGGCAACGCAGCCUACAGCUGCACAUGCAGGCUAGCAGGCAAUACUGCCAGUUACGAAGCAUGCUCUUCGAUGCCAUGAAGAAUAAUUCGAACUGAAUUGCAGGUCACAUGUCAUGACACGACGCGACAUGUUGAACGAUUAGAUUCUAUCUGAAAUUCAUAUAAAACAUAAAACAAAGCAACCUACAA